AUGGGCGUGCCGACGCACCGAGAAACAGCUGUGGCUGACCAUGAAGGUGAAAAUCUCUCAGCAUUCCUGCACCGCAUCAACUUCAGCCUUGAUUCGGCCGGGGAAUCACCCCACAAGCCAUCAUCAGCUUCGCUGAACGGUGUUGCGUCAGCAGACCAUCUCACCUCCGGGUCUUUCAAGCUUCCGCCGCUGCAGACGAAGACCAACAACUUCUCUUUGAAACCCGUCACCUCCGCUCGAUCUGUGCGUUUGGCCGAGGGUACGCGCGGAAGCUUGCAGAAGGAAACUACUGCCCUCGACGACUUCCAGUGCCAGAAUCCUCACCACCCGCGUUUGAUCUCACAUCUCGAUUCUGAAAGGAUCCCUGCCGAAAAGCUUCCUCCAGUUUCCCCUUCAGUGUCACGCAGAAGCUCCAAGACGCAAACACUCGGCAAGGAGACACCGCCAUCGGAACGCUCCGACAGAUCUCGCCACGAACUACCGGUAUACGCUUUGGCACAAACGCUGCGAGCAAGUUCAAUCGGCGCAACAAUGGCACCCGGUAUUCCCAAUGAAGGUGGCGGUCUUGGCUGGAGCAAGUAUGCGCCUAGCGCUCAGUCCGACGGAUCAUCUGGAAGCGAUCUCAACCAGCGCACUGCUGAGACCAUCGCUCGUCAGGCCGAGAUCGAUGCUCGUUUGUCGAAACUUCGCUCUCGUCGUGAGCCUACACCGCGCGAACUGCAAGAUGAGUCUCGCCGCCUUGAACUGAUCACAGCUCAAAAGGCUGCCGAUGAAGAACAUGCUCGAGUCAAGGCUGAGAAGAAGAAGCAAGCCGAAGUGGAGGCAGCCCGAUUCGAGUCCGAGCGCCUGAGGCGCGAAAAGGAUGAACAGGAACGCGCCAAGCGUGAAUGGGAAGAAGCCGAGCGUCUCAAACGCGAGAAAGAAGAAGCGGCACGCCUUAAGCGUGAGAAGGAGGAAAGGGAACGUCUAGAGGCUGAGCGUGCCAAGCGUGAGAGGGAAGAAGCAGAACGUCUGGAGGCUGAGCGCGUCAAGCGUGAGAAGAAAGAGGCGGAACGUCUGGAGGCUGAGCGCAUCAAGCGUGAGAAGGAAGAGGCAGAAGAGGCCGCCCUUCGCGCCGCGCUUUACGAACGCAUCGAUGAGAUGGAGGAAGACGGCUUGAGCAAGACUCAAGCGAUGCAACUGGCGCUGCAGAAGAGUAUUGAACAGUCCACAGUUCGCCAAGAGCAGAUUUCCAAGGACAUUGUCGCCAAAAAGAGCGAGAUUGCUCAGAGCCAGCAAGUAUUGCAACGCCUCCAGCAUGAGUUCCAGGAAUUGCACGAUGCGGAAAUCUCCCUCGUUACGAAGCUCGAGGUGGACACCAAGGAAUGCUUCGAGCUCCAAACAGUCAGUGAACGAAUCAUCGAGCGCGCAUCCCACAUGCGAAAAGAAGUCGAGGGCAAGGAACUGAGAUCGCUUGAUCUGAUCACAGCCUUCGAAGUGCCCCAAAAGUCGCAGCAGCAGAUCCUCCUUAAUCUUUUGAAAACAGACUCUGCAGCCGACAGCACCAAGGCCUCUCAAGAAGCUGUCGAAACUCAGCAUCCUCAGGUCAAGAUCGAGGACAACGAUACCAGUCGCGAUGGCGAGUCUCAGAGUGAGGUGGUGUACUCGAUGGCAGGUCCUGCUGAGGACGGCAAGGCCGAGAACCCUGGGUCCAUUGAACCGAAAUCGCUUCAACAGAAGACGAAAGGCGACAAGAGUCUGGAGCACAAGCUACAGUUUGACGAGUGGCCUACCCAAGAAGUGAGGCCUUUUGGUGGAGCUCAGAAGCGCCUAGUAAAGCUAACCAACCUUCCGCUCACAUCCUCCAUCGGCAGCAUCCAGGCUCUUGUUUGGGGUGGCCGCAUUGAAAAGUUCGAAUACACGCCGGGCAGUAACCAUGCGUGGGUCCUCUUUAUGCGCGGCCAAGACUGUGAGAAGUACUUGACCGACACCGCCAAUGGCAUCGAGCACCCGGAUGGCAACCGCACGGUAUGGGUCGAGAUGGGAGAGCCUGUCACGGUUAAUGAGUCUCUCCGCGGUUUCUUCGACGCUGGUCACACCCGUUGUGUUCGCGCCGUCGGCGCUGACGAGGACUGGGGCGAGGCUGCUCUGGUGAAGCUCGCUUCGGCCAAGAACCGGAAGCUGGAGCGUAUUGUCAACGGAGCCAAUCCCAAAGGUCUCCGCGUCAUCGAGUUCCGCUUCACUAACAUCGUCGACGCUGGCCGGUUCAAGGUUGAACUCCAGAACGACAUCGACUGGGAGCACUGCAAUGUCUACUUUGGCAAUGACCCGUGCGAGGACAACACGGGUAUCCACCAGGGCGUUCAGUAG